AUGCACAGACCUAAACCUCAUAUAAGAGUUAUGUAAGAAAAGGAAAUGCUUGAUGGAUAUAGUAGACUUUAGUAAAUCGGACCAUAUAUUACUAUUCCUAGAACUGUUGAAAGGAUACCAAACAUGAAGAAAGUCUAUAUUUUGGAAGAAAGGUACACUCAAAUAGAGAAGGAUAAUAGAUUACUGUUUCAGAAGAUUACUAAUAUUAUGAAUAAUAAAAGCAUCAAUUUUGAUAAGCCAAAAAGGAUAAGCAGCUUAAAUUCAAGGAAAAGGAAUGAAUUAGAGUAGAUUCGAAAGGAUAAUUUGAUAUUGUUUAGGAACAUCACUACAAAAAAGUCAUAAUACUCAAAAUAAUAAUAUGAUAGGGAUUGGAGCUAAACUAAGCAAUAUUUCUAUAAUUUAACAGGACAGAGACCCUCAACACAAAAAAAUAAGGCACUUAUAAGAUCUUUUGAAUUUUGA